AUGGCGUCGCGUGCCCUGUUCUCCCUUCUUUUGGCUGCCUGCUGCACUUUCUCUGCAGCUUUUGUGGCGCCAAGCCGCUCCAAUGCCUUGCCCUCGGUGGAACUCCAGACCCCACAGAUGAGGAGCAUCGAGGCAGAGGUGGAGAUGAGCACCUCGUCGUGCCUCUUGGCCGGCCUCAGCCUGGGCUACGCCACAGCCGCCACCUUGGCCUUCAAGCGAAACGCGCGCACCGCCUGCGCCGCAGAGAAGGCAGCGGUGGCCAGGACCCCUGUUGCCUACCCCAUCUUCACCUUCCGAUGGUUGGCCGUCCAUGCCCUCGUGAUCCCCACUGUCUUCUUCUUGGGCGCCAUUAGCUCGAUGCAGUUCAUCCAGCGUUAG